AUGUCACCUGCCAACGGCAACAGAUCAAAGGUAUUGAAAGCUUCCGAAGCCGACGUGCUCCCCAAACCAGCAAUGCGACGUGCCUUGUACGAUGCCUUUUUCACAAAUCUGGCGCAUGUACUCCCUCUUGUCGAUCGUAAGGAGCUUGAAUCUUCAGACUCAUCUGUUCUGCUUCAACAGGCAGUCUGUCUUGCGGGUAGUCUGUUGCGUCAUCCCAAUCUCCCUGAUAGCUUUUCUCGAACCAAUGCUUUCUAUGAGAAGGUUAAGCUGUUGCUAUGCCUGGAUACCGAACCCGACAUGCUGUCGGUCAUCAAAGCUCUUUGCAUCCUGACACUGUGGAGUCCUCAUUCGCCCGAGACUGUAAGCUUGAAUGGAGCAUGGCAUGCGACGGGAUCUGCGCUACGGCUAGCAAUACAGAUGGGCCUGCAUCAAAAUUCAACCUACGAAGCCGCGUCUGACGCGAAGAGUCGACGGAGAAUAUGGUGGUUUCUUUAUGCAAGUGACUGUGCGCACGCCCUCAUUACUGGUCGUCCUCCAAUGCUGAGGCCAGCAGACUUCGAUGUUUCCCCUUUGACGCUUGCCGACUUUGAUGAUCAGCAAGAUGAGGCCGCGAAAUACUUCAUUGCCGACGUUUCUCUGGCCCACAUUAUGGGUCAGCUUGCUUCCAGACUUCGAGAUCAACAUGCUGAUGAGGGGGAGGGAUGCAUCCUAGAGCUCUUGGUGGAAUGGAUCGACAAAUUGCCUCCAGAGCUCAAUCUCUUUAGCUCGACGGGUCAAAAAAAUCCGUAUAGCUUCCCCGCCACCGAACUUCACAUCUGCUAUUUUGGGGUUGUCAUCCUCUCACAGGCACUCACACACCAGCGCGAAAAAGGCUGGCUCUGUUCAAACGUGUGUCUAGUCUCUUCCGCCUGCAUUACGCACUUGUACGAGGAAAUCCUGUACCGAGAACAAGUUGCGCUCCUGACGUCGAUGCAUCCCUUUUGGUGCCUCAUCGCCGCGCUGCCACUCUUCUAUUGCAGCACAGAUACAGCAAGCAUAGAAAAGCAAAGGAGAGAAAGUCUAGACGCUUUAAGAGCCGUCAUUCAGCAAUUGAGUCCGCGACAUGGGCUGGCACGAACAGUGACACGCAAACUGCUCCGCCUCGACCGUCUUCGCACGGACAUCAUCUCACAGCAGACUACUCUCGUCGGCGAUCACCCUAAGCUAACGGCGAUUCCGAAUCAUUUUGAAAAAGCACAGCACAUUGACGAGCUUUUUCCUCAACUGCGUAUGUGGCUAGCUUCCCACGACGUCUUUAUACAAAACACGAUUUUAGAAAAGGUUGUCGAAUCCAUCGAAUUGACCGAAAGACAAUCACAUCACGAAGCGACAACGGAAAAUGUACACUCGGUCUUUGAUGCGCUAGGUGCUUCAGCGUUUAUGGAUUCGGUAUUUGAUGACAACUACUUGGACGAAGACUUUAGCUUCGACCUUUCGCCCUCAUUAUAA